UUCCGCAGGCUCAUCAUUUACAAAGUUUUGGAUAUCUUCGAAGUCUGGAAAUUUUUUUUGCAGAUAAAAUACCCUCUGAUUUCCAAUAAAAUGAUUUAAACGUUAUUUAAGAGGAAGUACAAAAAGUGUUACAGUAUAAGCAAUGGAUUCGGACAACCCCAAGUCUGCAGUUGAGAUCAAAGAGGAGGGUAACAAAUAUUUCAAAGCAGGCGAUUAUGAGGCGGCACUUUCAUCAUAUGCUGCAGCUCUUAAACUCUAUUCAGGAGACGAGAAGGACAAAGAAAAGCAGAAAGAGAAAGCAGUGAUCUACAAAAACAGAGCAGCCUGUCAACUUAAGCUGGAAAAAUAUGAAGCUGCAAUAAAGGAUGCUACUAAAGCUCUAGACAUUGUACCAAAUGAUCCCAAAGCUCUGUUCAGAAGAUCUCAAGCCUUUGAGGCAACAGGGAGGCUUGAGGAGGCAUUCAAAGAUGCUCGUACUCUUAGUCAUUUAGAACCAAAGAAUACAACAAUACAAGCAACCCUUAGAAGACUUGGACCUCAACUGCAUGAAAAGUCUGAGAGAGUUCGCACCACAGAUGGUUUGGUGGAUGAAAUGUUUGGUGCUCUGUUUGGAAAAGGGGACACAGAGGAAAGACAGGCUAAGGCUCUGAAAAAUUUGGUAAUUUUGUCAAGAGAUGAGCCUGGUGCUCAGAGAAUAUUUCAGGGAGGUAAUGGACUUGUUCAUAUAACAUCUUUGGUGCGGAGUAAUUCUCAUGAUCAAAAGAUUGCAGGCUUGAAGAUCCUCAAGGGACUCUGUACUAACUCAGCUCCUAGGUCUAUGGCAGUUCUUCAGCAGACAACUCUUGCAUUGUUAUCAGAGCUUGUCGAAUCGUCAGUGCUGGAGAUAUCCAAGGCAGCCACGGCAGCACUUGAGCAAGCCCUUGUGUCUCUAUCUCACAUGCCUACCCUUGAGGAUGACUUGAGGGCUUGGAGAAAGAAGGGGGAGUCAGGGCAACCACCUUUUGAGAUAGUGAACAAGGCAGAGAAUAAAGCAGUCCUAACAUCUUUUAUCAAUGCGAUCAGAAGUGAAAAGAUUUGUCCUGAAGGUCGAGACGAAUGUAUCGAUGCUCUUGUUAAAGUCUUUCCCAAGAACAAGCUGCUAAUCCUUAUGUUUGUGAACAUGAAGGGUGUAAAAGAGCUUCUUCAUGUCGCUGCUACAAGUGCUCCUCUCAUUGAUUCAGGCAUCCAGUCACUCACUGUAACGGAACGCACACGGAUGCAUAUCUCUGUCUUAUUGUCAACGAUAUGGGACUCUUAUGGGCAUGACGACAAGCAAAAGGAACCAUUCCGCAAUGAUUGUGAAGCUGUCAUUGGGGAGUACAUGAAGAAAUCUAGUGUCCAGUCGCACCUUGAGGGGUGCACUGCUCUGUGUGCCUUGAUGCAAGGAGCCCAAGAUAGCGCUGCACCCAUCCUCAAGUCAGGCAUCCUGCCUCUGGUCAUCAACCUUGGCACCAUGGAGCAGCGAGUCUGCAAGAUUGUCUCAGCAGAGACUCUAGCGCUAGGCACGUCUGACAAAGUUUUGUGUUCCACCCUUGGAGACGAGGGGCUUGUAGCACUCCGAGCGCUUUACCAACUAAGAGAUGACGAAGUCAGAGUUCGAGCUCUUGUGGGUUUGUGCAAGCUUGGAACUACGGGUGGAGGGGCGGUGAAUGAUCAGACAUUCGCCGAUGGCGCAACUCUCAAGCUAUAUAAGUCCGCUAGAAGCUACCUGACGAAGCCCAAGAAGGAGAUCGAGUCCCGUAAAUGGGCGGCAGAGGCAUUGUCCUUUCUCUCCAUGGACGCAGAUGUUAAGGAGCAAUUUAUAGGGGACGCACAAGCACUGAACGCCCUACUGGACUUGACCAAGAAUCAGGAGGACAGUACGCUUCUAUACGGUGUUUGCCAGACCUUCGUCAACCUCACCAACACAUUCGAUUUACCGGAGAUCCCAGAAGAGAUGAAGAAACUGGGCGAGUUCGCACAAGUUAAGAUGCCCAAACUUGCAGAAAAGGAUGGCAAGGAAUAUGUGGACAAAAGAAUUGAUGUGCUUAUCAAGGCAGGAUGUAUCAGUUCUUUGGUGAAUCUUACCAGCUCUGCCAGUCUUACCAGUAGAGAGAUGAUUUCCAGGGUGUUCCUAGGCAUCGUUACUAACGAGGCUAACCGUGGUGUCACAGUACAACAGGGAGGAGUAAAGGCGUUGCUGAGUCUCGCUGAUAACAACACAGAAGCGUUGCUGAGUCUCGCUGAUAACAACACAGAGGUGGGCAAGGAUAAGGCGGUUCAAGCUCUUGCUAAGAUCGCGAUAACCAUGAACCCUGAGAUUGCCUUCCCGGGACACAAGAGUUUCGGUCUGAUCCGGCCAUUGGUGAAGAUGUUGCAUCCGUCAAAGAGGGGUUUGUUGCAGUACGAAGCUCUUAUGGCAUUGACGAACCUCGCACAGCUGAACGACGACGUACGUAAGCGGAUUGUUAAAGAGAAGGGAAUUCCAGACAUUGAGAUGCUGAUGUUUGAUCAAGAUGAAGAUUUGAAGCGAGCCUCUACGGAAUGCAUGUGUAACAUGAUACUGUGUGAAGAGGUCUUCAAGCUGUAUGAAAAAGUCGAUUCACCGACUGAGCGCGUAAAGCUACUCACUGUCUACUCGGGCGAGGAGGACUUCGGUCUACAAAGAGCUGCAUCUGGAGGACUAGCCAUGUUGACGGCAAGUGAGAUCGUUUGCAACCAAGUCGCCAAGGUGGGGUGUUGGCUAGACAUUAUGAAGGAAAUGCUUCUCUCCAACAAGAACGAAAUCAAACAUCGCGGAGCUCAUGUUGUCGCCAAUAUGAUGGCUGCAAACAAGGACAUCGCAACAAAGCUGGUCGAGAGCGAGGUGCUGGAGAUUCUAAUGGUUCUGUCACGUGACACCUCGUCGGAAAUGGAGAAGAUCCGAGCAUGCGCAAUGCGUGCUCUAGAUAAGGCGGUGGAAUGGGAACUAAUCAAGCCUACAGACAAAUAAUGAUGUACUUUAUUGUGCAUAAUAAUGUGAUAACGUAGGAAAUAUAGAUUUAUUAAGUAAAUGUGUCUUUAAGACAA